UUCUGUGACUAUCUGCUCAACUGUCUCUCGCUUCUGGGACCAGCUAACAAGCUUUUGUGGUUAGCUCCUGGUUGCCCGCCAACCAUGAGCACCCAGAGCCGCCAAAAGUAUACCGCUGGGGUGGAGGCCGCUAUUGACCGCCUGAUCAACGUGCAUCUGCAGGCCUCCUACACUUACCUCUCUCUGAGUUUCUAUUUCGAAGGCGACGACAUGGCUCUCAAAGGCGUGGGCCACUUCUUUCGCAAGCUGGCUGAAGAGAGAUGCGAGAGCGCCAAGCAUCUUUUGAUGCAGAACCAGCGCAGCAGCUGCGGCCUCUUCCAAGGUGAGCAGAAGCUGCUCCGAGAUGAGUGGAGUGGCAGCCUGGCCGCCAUGGAAGCCGCCCUGGCCCUGCAGAACCUGAACCAGCCCUUUUUGGGUCUACAUGCCCUGGGUUCUGCCAACACAGACCCCAAUCUCUGUGAUUUUCUGGAAAAGCACUUCCUAGACCGAGAAGUGAAACUCAUCAAGAAGAUGGGCGACUACUUGACCAACUGCCGCAGGUUGGCCAGCCCUCAGGCCAGCCUGGCAGAGUAUCUCUUCAGAAGGCUCAAGGAUGACUGGGAGCUUCCAGAGUCCAGCAACUUUUGAGGUGCCCCUCUGCAUUCUUCUGGCUUCCAGAUUUCGGCCUGAGCUUCUCAACAUCCAGAAGUACUCACCAAGCCAUGGACCACAUGGAAACAAUAAAAGGUUCUUUUUGCAAAAUUUUAAAAAAAAAAAAAAAAGUGCUAGGCUGAGAGGGAAAAAAAUGUUUGCAGAAUAGCAUGAAGGAUCUGCAGUCUGUUUAAUGCUCUAGAGUUUUUAAGAAAUUGUUCUUUUGUGAGUCACGUGUGUAUUUUAAGGAUUGAUAAAACUGCAUUUUGUCUGUCAAGAAAAAUACAGUUUCUUAUUCACAAAAUGUUGCAUACAGUUUUAGUGGUUUAAUAAUUUCUCUGGGCCAGGCGUGGUGGCUCAAGCCUGUAAUCCCAGCACUUUGGGAGGCCGA